CAACCACAAGGCUGAGUAGAUUGGAAAACCACACGUGUGGCCGAACGUACAGCGCAGCACGUCCACGCAAGUGGAGCUAUGUUUAAACAUGAUCAUGAUGAUGAUGUACAUGCCCAAAUAGAUAACAUCAUAUUGUUGACUUUCCAGGUAUCACUGUGUACAGUCCAGAAGAGAACAAUGAUAAUGUGCACAGUCAUGCAUUUGCAGUUAAUAUAGUUUUAGGGUCAACGGUUUUCAAAUCACACACACCACCCUGUACAUACAUGUACACUGCUUGGUGUUGAUGUACGUUGUGUUCUGCAAAAAGAAAUGGCACUGCUGUCUAGAGUAUGCAAGUGGCUGGUGCCGAUCCUAGUGGUACUGUAUGCUGUGUUUUACUGGCAUGUGUUUGUCAAUCGGAAGUAUUUCACCGACGACGUUAAGCUCAAUGGAAAGACGGCCAUUGUAACAGGAGCAAACUCCGGCAUUGGCUGGUGGACAGCUCUCGACUUUGCCCAGCGAGGCGCCCGGGUCAUCCUCGCCUGUCGCAAUCUCCAGAAGGCUGAAGACGCCGCCAAGGAGAUAAAAAUGCGUACGGGCAACUCGGAGGUUGUGGUGCGCAAGCUGGAGCUAUCGAGCCUGAAGUCGGUCAGGGACUUUGCUCAACAAAUCAACGAAGAAGAGAAAAGGCUUGACAUUCUAGUUAACAAUGCAGGUCUUACCCGCUUGCAGCAGCGAGCCGCGGCGACGGAGGAUAAUUUCGAUCUUGUCUUCGGCGUCAACCACUUCGGCCACUUCCUGCUGACCAACCUCCUCCUGGACCUGCUGAAGAAGAGCGCCCCAAGCCGGGUGGUCACCGUCUCCUCCGCCGCCCAUUAUUUCGCCCCUGAGCCCAUGAAUCUGACCCGCGAGGACCCAGCCGUGGCCAGUUUGCUGUAUCCUCACUUGGAGGGCUACCACAUCAGCAAGGUGGCCAACAUUCAGUUUGGCCGGGAGCUGGCCAGGCGGGAAGCAUCCAGCGGUGUAGUUUCCGUCUCUCUGCAUCCCGGGACCAUCUAUACUCCGAUAUGGAAAAACUUCAUGACUGUUGACAAAGACUCAGUGUUGAUGAAAACUCUUUACUACACACUGUCUCCUUUAAUGUGGCUCUUUAUGAUAGACGAGGAAGCAGGCGCCCAGACGACCCUUCACUGCGCCCUGGAUGACUCGAUACCUCAGCUCUCUGGCAGCUACUUUGACAACAGCCAGGUGAUGGCGCCCUCAGCGCUCGCUGAGGAUGACGAGCUGGCCCGGCGAUUGUGGCAAGUCAGCUGCGAAGCCACCGGCUUGAAAUGCACCUCAACAAAUUGAUGUUUAUUUCUGCCAUGCACAAUGUAAAAGACCCAUUCCAAGACUAACCGUUUAACACUAACCGGACCGGGCAACCAAAGGUUGCACCCUGACCAAUUUAUACAAGUACCAGUCAGGUGACCACCAUAUACCUCGUUAAAAGAUGUACUCUCUGUCAGGUUUUAUUUUGAACAAAAUUAAAGAUUUUGUUCUCGAUUGUUUAUUUUUUUGGCAAUACAAAUGCAUUCACUUUCGAAUUAGAUAUAGAGCGAAAGUUGGCUGAAUUCAAACUGACGUCAU